UGGCUCGGAUUCACUAAUAAAAACUUUUCAGCAUUAAAAAGGUUUUAAAUGGUUAAACUGUAAUAAGAGGAGACGCCCGUGCACUGGGGAGUGGCAUCUACUUCAACUCACUUCACUGAAGUCAAACGAAAUUGCAUUAGCGAACUAGUUAAUUUACUUGCCAGCUGUGGAAUUUUUUUAAAGGAAGCACAUAAGAGCACAUAAAUGGCAUCGCCCAACAUCCUUGUGUCUGAAGAUCAAUUUCGGUGUUCUAUAUGUCUAGAUGUAUACAACGACCCCGUCUCCACACCCUGUGGACACAACUUCUGCAUGACAUGUAUCGGUGGAUACUGGGACAGCUGUGAUCUGCCACAGUGCCCGUUGUGCAAGGAGACUUUUGAAGCAAGACCUAACCUCUGCGUAAACAAAAGCUUUGCAGAAAUAGUUGAGCAGUUCAAGAGCUCAGCUGACGAGAAUGCUAAAACAUCUGCGACAGCGCCGGUCCCCGCCAUAGUGGCAGUGCUUUGCGAUAUCUGUACCGAGCUCAAGGCGGUGAAAUCCUGCCUAACGUGUCUGACGUCUUACUGCGGUGAACAUAUCAGCUUACACAGAUUCAAUAAACACACGCUGUCCGAUCCUGUGAACAUGGAAGGCCGCAUGUGCAAACAGCACGAGAGAGUUCUGGAAGUAUACUGUCUGUCUGACCAGACUUGCAUUUGUGCAUUGUGCGCAGAGAAAGACCACAGGGGACACAACACCAUACUUGUAGAGAGAGCAUGUGAAGAAAAAAGGAUUCAGUUUGGAAAAGUCGAAGAUGAGAUAAACCAGAUGAUCCAGGAGAGAAUUAAAACGAUGGAAGAGGUAAAGCAGUCAUCGGAGCUCAGCAAAGGCAACUCGGAGAAAGAAAUUGAGGACACCGUGCAAGUCUUCACUGCUCUGAUGCACACGAUUGAGAGAAGCCCGUCCGAGCUCGUUGAGCUUAUAAAUGAAAAGCAAGAAGCUGCCGAGAAAUGGGAGAAAGACUUUAUCGAGAAGCUGGAACGGGAAAUUGCCGAACUUACGAGACGAAAGACGGAGCUGAAGGAGCUCUCUUACUCUGAGGAUUACAUCCAUAUCCUGCGGAUUUUCCCAACGCUGAGCACACUUUCACAUAUGAAGAUUCCGUCUAAUAUCCCUUUGUAUGCUGAUCCAUGCCUGGGAACUGUACGGAAAAUGUUGUCGCAACUUGUGGAGUUAAUCACGGAAGAAGAGAAGAGGUUUUCCGCAAAAGACCUUGAGAAAAUACAGCAAUAUGCAGAUGAUGUGACUCUGGAUCCUGACACUGCCCAUCCAUGUCUCGUAAUUUCAAGUGACAAGAAAAGCCUGUGCCUUAAAAACGCGAAACAAGAUGUCCCCGAUAACCCCGAGAGAUUUGACCUGAUUGUUGCGGCACUGGGAGAGCAGAAUUUAAGUUCCGGAAGGCACUACUGGGAGCUAGAGGUCGGGGAGAAAAUCGAAUGGAAUGUAGGAGUAGCUGCAAAGUCAGUGGAUAGGAAGGGCUCCAUUGUACGCAGUCCUGAGAACGGAUUUUGGACUUUGUGGCUGGUAAACGGAAGCGAGUACUAUGCUUACACUGAUCCUCCGGUCCAACUCACCAUGAAUGUGAAGCCUAAAAGAAUUGGGGUGUAUGUGGAUUAUGAGGGGGGAUGUGUUUCCUUUUAUAAUGUUGAGGCAAAGUUGCAUAUCUACACAUUCACUGCUUGCGGCUUUAAAGAGAACGUGCACCCCUACUUUAAUACAGGUGUCAUUACUGAAGAUCAAAAUACAGAUCCACUUAUAAUCUCUCCUGUCAUUCCCAGAGAGUGAAGGAGGUGUAGUGUCAGUACAGAUGAGCUAUGUAAAGGCCUUUUAAGAAAUGUAAAAAUGAGAAAUAAGGUGCAAUAAUCUGAUAUUCAAGAGUAGCCAAAAUGCUUUUUGAAAGUAUAUGGGGAAUUUCUUUGGAGGAACAGUUAGAAUAUCUUCAAUAAAAAAAAAAAGAUUUGGAAGUAGUGGUUUAUCAGAGCCAAUUAGGAUAUUGGCAUUUGCUGUAACAUAAAAAAGGCAAGAAGGCUGGGAUAUAUAGAAAAACAAGGUAACACUGAAUAUUGUGUGCAGACGGGGGCGAUACAUAGAAAUACAUAGAAGUUCUGAAAAAGGUCAAAGAAGGCAACUACAGUAUAUUGGUUCCUUGUAUGAAAUGUCAAAGCUCUACGAGGAAAGACUUAAGGUACUUAAUCUCUUCAAAUUUAGUAAAGGGAGACUAGGGGGGAUUGGAUUGAGGUUGAAAAAGGGAUUAGCAAAGUGAACUGCACUAGAUUUUUCAGAUGGGGUUCUCUCAAUAGAGCAAGGGCAUAUAUUAGCAAAUAUGUACAUUCUGAAAAUUUCAGGAGAGUUAUCAAUAUGUGGAAUAGCUUGUCAGGUCACAUAGUAGUGGUUGAGACCCUAGGGAUGUUCAAGUCCAGGCAUGAGGCAAUGUUAGGAAAAUGAGGAGCACUACACACACUAACUUGUAGGUAAAUAUUCAGGGGAUGGGCUGAAUUGUUUGUGACCAUAUGUCUAUAUUCUUCCUGCUUAACUGCAAAUUGUUAUAAAACAUUUUGGCAUGUGUUCCCAGAAGACCAGAGAACACAAGAGUAAGACGAGAAUAAGAUAAUCCUUUUUGCUACUAGUGUGUGAUUGCUACUGAGUGUACUGUGUUCUAUGAACGACUAGCUUCCCUUGCCCACUCUCAUGUGUUAAGUUUUACUGUUUAGUGAUUGAAGGCAUUUCUUAUUUAAUGUUAAUUUCUAAAUACAAUGUCUGUAUAUGUAUUAGACAAUGUGUGAUGUGAGUCAUCCAUGGAGAUUUUAGUAACUAUUGAAUUGCUUUUCCUAUUCAAUCAUUACGCAAAGAACUACUGCAUAAUAUGGGAUACUCUCACCAUCCUAUACUUGAAUUUAUUAGGGCCUCAAAUUUCAGUUAGCACAUUGGAUCCCUCUUACCUUUACUUUGAAAUACCUCCUGUAAUUCUGAUAAUGAAUGCCUCAUGUUGGAUUUUAUCAUGCUAUUUUGAAGUCAGCAUACAUAACUGAUACAAUAGCAGUGGUGACUCACAUAAAAAAUAUACAACUAUCUAUCUAUAAAAAAUAAAAAACAUAAUUCCUAAA